AUGCUUCAAGUUCUACAAGUUUCUGAAUGUGGAGAACUGACAUAUUUGUGGAAGAAUAGAUUUGGAUUGGAAAACCUUGCUCAUCUUCAGCAAUUGGAAAUUUCUUCUUGUCCACAACUUGUAUCCUUGGAAGAGGACAAAGAGCAAGGGCAUCCUUGCAACCUUCAAUAUUUGAGGAUUGAGCAUUGUGAUAAGCUGGAGAAGCUUCCUAAUGUAUGGCAGUACCUCACAUGUCUAGAAGAGUUGGAAAUCAAGGAUUGUCUAAAUCUGAUGUCAUUUCCAGAGAUGGGGUUCCCACCCAUGCUUAGACGUCUUUCCAUCCAAAAUUGUGAAGCUCUUAAGUCUCUACCUGAUGGGAUGAUGAGGAGGAGGAAUAUUAACGACACCAACACCAUGUGUCUCCUUCAAUAUUUGAGAAUAGACAAUUGUCCAUCUCUCAUUUACUUUCCAAAAGGGCAGUUACCCAUCUCCCUUAAGGAACUAAUCAUAUGGAAAUGUGAAAAUCUAAAAGAUCUUCCAGAAGGAAUGAUGCACCCCAAUCCCAUUACCUCCAACAUGUGUUUCCUUGAAUACUUGGAAUUAUUCAGAUGUCCAUCUCUCAUUUGCUUCCCCAAAGGGCAUCUACCCACCACUCUUAAGCAUCUCCAUAUACAGGAAUGUGAAAGGCUCGAGUCCUUACCAGAGGGAAUAAUGGACCACCAUUCCAACAACACUGUCGCUGGUCUUCAAGUGUUGCAUAUAGAGAGAUGCUCGUCUCUCACAUCCUUCCCUAGAGGCAAGUUUCCCUCCACCCUUGAGCAACUUUGGAUAAUGUAUUGCCCACAAUUGGAGUCAAUUUCAGAGGAAAUGUUUCACUGCAGUACUUCACUUGAACUUUUGACCAUAAAGUGGUGUCCUAAUAUAGAAAGCCUACCAAAGUGCCUCUACAACCUUAGAGAUCUUCAGAUUCAUGGAUGUGAGAAUCUAGAGCUGCUGCCUUUUCAAUUGCAAAACCUCACUUCUCUUACCUCACUUGAGAUCUUUGAUUGCAAGAAUCUCAAGAUGCCUCUAUCCCAAUGGGGCCUUGGCACGCUCAACUCUCUUAAAACACUCUGCAUUGGCGGCAUAUUUCCAGAAGCAGCCUCCUUUUCUGAUGAUCACCGCCACCGUACCACCUGUUUCUUCUUCCCAGAACUCUCACCGUUCUUCUCAUAA